AUGGAUGCGCUGCGAAUGGAGCGCAAAGGGCCGCUGCCUGGAGGUCGCCGGGGCGCGUCUGGAGCUGGCGCUGGACGCGGCAGCAUGCGGGCCGCCAACCGAGCGCGAGGAGCUGCACGGUCAACUAGCAGCCCUCCGCAUCCAUCAUCCCCAUUAGAAGGCUUGGUGUCGGCUGGGUCUUCUCGGACUCAGCAAGCGGCACCCGCCGCUGGUGGAGCACGUCGCAUGCGUUGGUCACAAUCACAAGCAAUGAACGCAAACGCACUGCGGGCGUACUUUAGAGCAAAAGGGGAAGAAACUGGAUGUUUGGCGUAUCGGGCUAGGAUGCAUCGUCUUUUUGCUGAGCUGGAGCCAUCUUUAACCGUCCCAGAGCAAAACCUGGCAGACCGAGUUUGGUAUAUCUUGCGCUCAAAUAUAUUUGAUGUCGCCGAACUCGAACGGCUACGACGUGAGGCUGUUCCCUCAUCGGAUGAAAAUGCUACGGCUGAGGAUGCGGCGCCACAAAUUGUAGAGCAACCCGCAAACGUGGAUGCCGCCGUGAAUACCCCAGUUGUGGUUGAUUCAAACGAUGAUGGAGCAGUCGCCCAGGAACUGGAAUUAGAGCAUAUGAGGAGUACAUUGGAAGAGGCGAUUGUGGAAACGCGCAGUACGCCUCUCGAAAAUCGACCGCGACUUCCCCGGAUAGCCCUAAGCAAGCGGUAUCGGGCUGUCGUGAGGGCUCUGAACCCAAUGCUGGUGACCUAUUUGGAAGCCAGCCGGGACCUUUGCGAGACGGACUCAAUUCUUUUUGGCGCCGCACUGGGAGUCUGCCGUAUUAUAGGCGCCAAACUCUCCACGGCUGGACGCGCUACUGGACAAAGUAGUGCUAUCCCAGCCUGGAGAAUAAGAAUUAAAGAACGUAUCGCAAAGGCUAGCGCCCUCAUCGGCAGAUGA